AUGCUAAUUCAAUGUCAAAAUACAUCCAAAAAUUGUGCAGUUGUCAUCAGGUGCGAUAAAUCGAUUCGUUCGCUGAAAGUUGCAGUUUGAUUUUUUGAUUUAAAAAAAGUCGAAUUUGAAUUAAGUGAACGGGAGAAAGAUCGAACCGAACUCAAACGACUAUGAUACGGCUUACAAUAAAUAACAAUGCAAUGUGGAACAGAACCACCGUUUCCAGAUUGGCAUCGCGCAUAAAACAACAUAGAAGCAUUCACUCGAAUCCACAUCAACUACAGGAGGCUGGCGUUGGAAAGUAUUUGGUGCUUCUUGCUCCUAUCGCAGCCGCAGCUGGUGUUGUUGCAUAUGCAAAGUCCGAUGAAAAGUUCCGCAAAUCUAUUGUCGAUACAGUUCCAGCAGCGGAUCCACUACUGAAGAUUUUACUUCAGGAAGAGGGAAAUGUUGUAAGCGAAGCAUCAAAAUCAAUUCAAAAUGCAACGCAGAAAGUGGUCGGUGUUAAGGACUCCAUAGUUGGCUAUUUUGGUGACGAUAAAACGGCCAAACAAACUGAAAAGCCGGCACCCGUUAAAAGUUCAUCAUCAUCAUUAUCGGCUGCUGUGGCAUCACCACCUUUGCCAUCGAUCACAGCACCAAAGCCAACGGCAACAUCUGAUUCACCGGCUGCUAAAAAGCCAUCGGCACCACCAUCACCACCAUCGUCUGCAGCCGACACCAAGGUGGCAAAACCAAAACCACAAGCCGAUCCAAAACCAAGCGAACCCGUAAAAUUGCCACCGGUUUUGACACAACCAUUACCACAAACAUUCGCCGAUUUGGAAAAAGACAUUGAAGUUGCUGCUCAUAUUGCUGUCAAGGAAUACCAAAAUGCAAUUAAAAUAUUAAAAGAAUAUGGUGAGGAUGUGAAAGCGGUUGUGGAUCGUGUCAUUGAACAAUCCGAUCAUAGUUUGUGGUCAGUUUUAAAGAAUAAAACGGCAGCUCGUGAUAGCGCCGUUGAGAGCGCUGAGAGAACAGCACAAGCUGCACGAGCCCAUAUCGAUAAAUUGGAAAAGCAUAUAAAAUCGGUUGGAAAAAAUGUUGCACCGGAAAUUAUUGAGAAAACACAACGAAAUAUCGCCGUUAUUGCUGAUCAAUUGAAUAAAUCCAAAGAUUCAUUGUACGAAGCAAAGGAUUCAGCAAAAUUGUCGGAAAAAUACUGGAAAAAAGUGGAAGAGGCACGUCACUAUUUUGUCGAUCAAGUGCAAGCAUUGUUUCCCGGCGUUGAUUUAAGUGCAAAGAACUUAAACCUGAGCAAAGACGAUAUUGAUCUAUUUAUUGUUCAUGCAUAUUCACAUGUGUUGGCCUAUCAAAAAGAAUUGCAAAAAUUGAAUGCCGAAGGUGAGACUCGUUUGAGACGUGCACUCGAUGCAUUGAAAGGUGAAGAUCAAACGGAGGCCGUUAAUCGUCAAGUUGAAUACCUUUUGGAAAAAGAGAAACAAAAAAUAAAUAUUGAAAAUCAAAAGAAAAUCUUGCGCAUUCAAGCCGAAAGUGAAGGAAAACUUCGUAAACAACUGAAAGUACAGACAGAAGCUCACAGCGAUCAUUUGCAAGAUGCUCUAAGUGAAAAAGAAAAGGAACUUCGUCGUAUCUUCAACAAUGAGCUCAACGAAAAAUUGAGCGUUGAACAAUCGGCAUACAAACUUCAAUUGGCCACCAUGUUGGGUAAACUCAAGGGCAUGGAUUCAGCACUUAAAGAAAUCGAGGGAGAACUACAAGCUCGUGCCGACGCCGAUCGUCAAGUUCAUCAAGCGCAAGCCCUUUGGAGUGCCUGUUCAGCAUUAUGGUCAUCAAUGCGAACCGUUGACUCAAAACAAUCGUGGCAGAACCAAUUGAAACCACUGAAAGCCGAAGUCGAAGCAGUCAGAAGAGCAUCAGAAAAAGACGAGCUGGUGAAUGUGAUUUUGGAUGCCCUUCCAGAGGAGGCCAAAGCUCGUGGUGUUUAUCCAGAGAAUGCGAUUCGUGAACGAUUCCUUAAUGUUGAGAAAGUGGCUCGUCAAUUGGCUCUUGUGCCCGAUGGAGAUGCUUCAAUUGUUACAUACUUUUUGUCUUACUUGCAAUCAGCACUGGUGAUUCAACCAAAACAAUUGAUUUCCCAGGCCGAACUCAACAAUGAAGCAAUCGAUUAUGCCAAACUAAACACAUUUGAAAUUUUAGAUAGAACGAGAUAUUGUGUCGAUCGUGGAAACUUCACACAAGCACUUCGUUAUGCCAAUUUAUUACAAGGUGCAUCACGGAACAUUGCCUCCGAUUGGAUAAAUGAAACCCGAUUACUUUUGGAAACACAACAAGCAAUCGACGUACUAUUGGCACAUGCAGCAACUAGUGGGCUUGCUUUUCUGUAAUUGUAAAAAAUAAAAUAAUUAUGUGAAUCUGUUUGAAUUGUGGUUGACCGCAUAAAGUAUAACUUAUAGAGGUCAUUUAUUGUUAACGAUAAAAAGAAAACAAAAACACAAAAAAGAAAAAUCGAAUUAAAACCAUCUAUCGAAUACCGAAUAAA